UCUCUCUCUCUCUACAAACUUAUAUAUAUAUAUAUAUAUUGCAAAAUAAUUUUAUAUUAUCGUCUUAUAUAUAUAUAUAUAUAUAUAUAGUUGUCAAACCCCAACUCAAUUCAUUGAGCUUCUCCCUUUCUAUCUAAGACAUAUGUUUUCCAACUCUUCCAUGGAGCUUCUUCCGGGUCUUCCAGAUCAUGUGGCCCUCGAAUGUCUCAUUCGUUUACCUUUCAAUCACUUCUCCGUAGCCGCCUCCGUAUGCAAGGGCUGGAAGGCCGAGAUUCAGCUACCGGAAUUUAAACGCCGCCGGGAUGAGGCUGGGUUCUCCCGCUCUGUUCUUCUCCUGGCGCAGGCUUGGGUCGACCGCACCGGGAAAAGAACCUCUAAGGUUACGGCUAUUCCCGCUUACCGCCUCACCCUCUGCGACCCAGAAACCGGCUCCUGGUCCGAGCUGCCGCCGUUGCCGGCGUUUCCAGACGGGUUGCCCAUGUUCUGCGGCGUCGUCGGAGUUGGGUCGGAGCUGGUAGUGAUGGGCGGGUGCGAACCGGGGAAUUGGCGGAUCUCCAAGUCAGUCUUCGUUUACAGCUUCGUGUUGGGGAAGUGGCGGCGCGGGGCUCCGAUGCUGGGCAGGCCGAGAAUAUUCUUCGGGUGCGCGUCGGAUUCCGGCCGGGCGGUGUACGUAGCAGGGGGUCACGACGACGAAAAGAACGCGCUGAAAUCGGCGAUGAUGUAUGAUGUGGCGAGGGACGAGUGGGCCCCGCUGCCCGACAUGGCGAAGGCGCGGGACGAGUGCAAGGCGGUUUUCCACCGUGGCAAGUUCCACGUCAUCAGCGGGUACCCGACGGAAAUGCAGGGCCGGUUCCGGGCCGACUCCGAAGCCUUGGAUAUCUCAACCGGGCGGUGGGAUCACGAAGAGGACUCAUUGAGUGUCCCCAUGUGUCCGAGAACCUGCGUGUACGGCGGCGACGGACGGCUUCACAUGUGCCGCGACGGCAUUGUAAUGGCUCGUGGUGGGGACACGUGGGAGCCGGUAGCCGCAAUUCCGAAGGCGGUGCGGAACGUGGCGCACGUGACAGCGUGGCAGUCGAAGUUGAUGGUGAUUGGGUGCGAGCAGUUCGGCGAGGCACACAGAGCUCUGGUGCUGGAUCUGAAGAGUGGCGGGUGGAAAGAAGUCGCCGCCGGCGAGGAAUUCACCGGCCACGUCCAGGCGGGCUGUUGUCUGGAGAUCUAAAGCAAGGCCGAUGGACUUGAGUCCAAUCACACACACACACACACACACUUGCACAAAUAUUUUUACUUCAAGUUGAAAUGGAAACCAGAUUUCGUGUAAAAAUUGAAUAGAAUCAAAGAAGGUCUGGGGAAAGUGAAAUUUUGGUCUAA